AUAAUAUAAAAAGAGGAUUUAAUUAACAAAUAAAUUAAUGUCCAAACAAAAAGCCACCAAAGUGAAGAAAAAGACUUUUUUAUAUGCCUUGAACACGUUCAGUGGAGGGAAUAGGCGGUAAUUGGGACGUCAACAUCCCCUUUGGAGUCAUGGCUGGAAGUUUUAUUCUUGCUCGAUCGUUUAAUUGCACGUCACCCAAUUGCAUCCUCCACCAUUACCACAGAAGAAAGAAUUAGAGAUCAGACCGGUGGCGGCGAUGGCCGGUCGGAUUCCAUGUCUGAAAGUCAUCCACCUUCUGCUGCUGAGCUUCUUGAUGGUUCCUUUCCUCCUCUUGCUGACUCUGCAAAGAACACGGAUGGAUCCUCUCUCCCUCUUAAAUUUGCAGGUAUCCACGAGAGCAAGUUUAGAGUUCAAAGUGCUUGAAGAGAGCACCAGGAUCAUCGAUGAAGGCGAUGGCGAAAUGGCGGGAAAAGCAAUUGCUUUGAGAUCAGAAACAGCGGCAGCAGCAGCAGGAGGAGGAGGAGGAGGAAACGAGGAAAGCGCACUGCAUUCUCUGAUUCAGGAACAGAGCAACAACAAUACUGAAGUAAACACGGAAGAUCUUGCGGCAAACAAAGAACUAGAGCAGCAUCGUCAUGUAGCUGGUCAGAUUGUGAUCAUCCUGAUCGUGCUCGUUUUUUUGUUCGAGAAUCUGUUGCAGAUCAGAUUGUGUUUUUUAGAUAUUGUUACAGAUGAUACGGUUUCGAAGACGACGAUCGCCUGCGACUUCUCUCAACGCCGGACGGACACGUGCGUGCUGCACGGCGACGUCAGAAUCCUCCCCUCCUCCUCCUCCGUCGUCCUCGUCAGGACGCCGCACGACACCCUGCCGGAGAACGCCGCGUACUCCCUCCGCCCCUACGCUCGCAAGUGGGAAACGCCGGUCAUGGAACUGAUCCGGCCAAUCUCCAUCGGCGCCGUCUCCGCCGCCCAGGAAUGCGGCGUCCACCACGCCGUCCCCGUCGUGGUCUUCUCCACCGGAGGAUUCGCUGGCAAGAACUUCUUCCAUGAUUUCUCCGACGUCCUCAUCCCCCUCUUUAUCACCUCCUUCCACUACCGCGGCCGCGUCCAGUUCCUGAUCACCAAUUUCAACAGGCGUUGGGUCGGCAAGUACGCCGUGAUCUUGAGCCGCAUGUCCGACUACGAGGUCAUCAACCUCGACGGCGACGAGAGGGUGCACUGCUCCGGGAAGGCCCACGUCGGGCUGAUGAGCCACAGCGAGCUGGUCAUCGACCCGGCGAGGACGCCGGGCAACUACUCCAUGGCGGACUUCAGGGAGCUCCUGCGGUCGAGCUUGUCGCUGAAGAGGAGAUCGAUCGGAGAGGGGAAGAAUUAUUAUUCGAAGCCGAGGUUGCUGCUCAUGCUCAGAAAAGGGUCGCGAGAGUUGACCAACAAAAGGGAGGUCGUCGCGUUGACUCGGAAAUUGGGGUUCAAGGUGAUCGUUGCAGGGCCGGAGCAGACUAAGAACCUGUCGCGCUUCGCCGGCGUGGUGAACUCCUGCGCCGUGAUGAUGGGGGUCCACGGGGCGGGGUUGACCAACAUGAUAUUUCUCCCGGAGAAGGCCACGCUGGUACAGAUCAUCCCGUGGGGCGGGCUGCGGUAUGCCUGCAACCACGACUACGGCGAUCCGACGGCGGCGAUGGGGAUCAGGUACUUGGAGUACGAGGUGGGGAGGGAGGAGAGCUCGCUGGUGAAGCAGUAUCCGAAGGAUCACCCGGUGUUCACGGAUCCGGAAUCGGUGCACCGGCAGGGAUGGAACGCGAUUUGGGCGGUGUUCCUCAACAGACAGAGCAUAAAGUUGGACGUGAAGAGGUUCAAGGGGGUCUUGCAGGAAGCCAUGCGAUCUUUUCUUUCUCGAUGAUAAAUUGAGUGGAAAAUUGGUUUUGGAUAUUGGUUGGAUUAAAUUUGAUUUUAGCUGUGUCGAUCCCAUUUAAACAAUAAUUAAAAAUGUCAAAUUCGAUUGAAAAUAAGUUUAUAGAAAUAUCUUGUUUGUAAAA